CACGCAAAUAACAAACAAUCAGUCUAAAAAUUCGCGGUUUAAAAAAUAAUAACACUCGAAACAACUAAAUCUGAUUGCCAUAAAAAUAUUGUCCUUUAUUUUUUUUACAUUAACUUUAUAAUAUAAUUGUUGUAUGAACCUACGUGGGUCAAAAAUAAUUAAUAAUCAGUUUUUUAUAUGACUUUAAAUUCAGUAAAUUAAGAAAUCGAGCAUCUUAACCUUAAAAAAAAUGCCAGCAAAUAGCUUAGAAGAUGUCAUGAAAGAUCAAAUUAAAAAAUUGAAUGAUUUAGAAAUGGCCACAAAUUUCAUAAGACACAAAUCUGAAUUGAAUCAUGUUCUAAUAGACCUGAAGCCUUCAAUAGACACAAUAAAAAUAAAUGUUAGUCGUUUUAAAGAAACCUUGGACAAAAUGAAAGAGCAAAAUGAAAUGUGUCAGAAUCUUAUUGAAAACCUGUCAGCUUAUGAAAAAACCAUAACACACAUGCAAGAAAAUAUUCCACCAAGUCUUAAGGAUACGCUCAAGGGCCAGAAUGAAACCUGCGCAGCAACACAGAUGAAAAAUAAAAAUUCAUCGGUGGCACCUCCAAAAUCAAAAUCUGAAUCUCAACCGGCUAACCCAGCUGUUGUAAUUGAUCCCACUGAGUACCUUCCUUAUCAGAAAGACUGUAAAAAGACUUUAUUUAAAGAUAGCGAUGAUUGUUAUACAAUUGAACUUCUCAACGCUAUAGAAUUUUCAAAAAUACCCAAAUACAUGAUUGGCCGACAGACUUUGACAAAUGUUAAUGAUUUCAUUACGGCUAUCAAUCAAAUAAUGAAAUUGAAAUACACUUUAAUGGGACUGGGAAAGAUAGGAGCGCGUAAGAAAGGCGAAUUAGAUUUAUAUUUACAAUUUAAAAAGGAAGAAACUGAUAUUUAUAAUGGAAAAGAGCGUAAGUUUUUCUUUACGGCUGAAGAUUAUCAUCGGGAAAUGAAAAUGAAGCUUGAUAAAACAAAAUUAAAUAUUUUAACGGUAUUGCGGCACUGUAAACGAAUUAAAGAAGUCAGAAUUGGAAAAAAUGUUUUAUAUGAAGUAAUAUCUGGCCAGUAAAAUUCAUUUUUACAUAACUUUUUUUUUUUUUCAUGCAAAGAACAAUAAUGAAUUUUUGAUAACUCAAAUGAUUGUAAUAUAUAUUUUUUCACCUGUCGGAAUAAAUUUAAAAAUAAAUAAUAAGAUCGAAAAA